GUGAUCAGCUAUUGUAGGGCACGGGUGUUUUUAAGUGCUUUUGUUCUGUGGUGCUUAGAGAUUUUGUGACUGUUCAUUGUGUAUUUGAUGUACAUAAUGGCGACGAUGAGUAACGAAGACUUUUUUCAAUUCAUAGAACAUUACCAGACCGAAAACUGUAUUUGGAAUCCUCAAAACAAGCACCACAAAAUCAAAAAUUUACUCUGAUCAGGGGGGUGAAACAUCUUAUGGGCGAACUGGCAACACCAAGGUCAUCCUCUC